AUGGAGCCCAUAUCCACCAUCACAACGAGGUCUUCCCUCACUCCUCAACGCCAGCCGGACUCACCAAGGCCAAUGACCCCCGCAAGCCCGAUGAUCGAGGCUACCACCGCCUUCGACCAGCCAGUGAAGCUGAAAUCGCGCCAUCGACUGCUUCAAGGCCUGCAGCGCAUGUCUUCCUCCCCCUCGCUGGCCAAGCUGGGGAGGACGAGGUCGAGCGAGAGGGUUUACAAGUCGGGACAGAAAGCAUCCAUAUCCUGCGUCUCCCUGGGUUCUCCCACCGGCUCAUAUUCCCUAUCACCACCGAACCCUUACACUCCCCAGCUUUCCAACGGCGGUUACUCUACCGCACCUACCACCCCAGGGACGCCGGGGAGUCAGCAGUCCUACUUCGAGGCCAACUCCAGACUGCGUCCGAUCGAUUCGAACGAAGCCGCUACGGCCUCUCUCCCCCUCGAUAUCCGAACGGGCAAACCUAUCUCUACACCGUUGCCCGAGAUCUCGGAGAAACCCUUCGUACGUCGGCCGAACUUUGAUUUUUGGAAAGAUAUGCCCCAUGAGCUCCGACUACAUAUUUUCCGUUUCUUGUCGCCGAAAGAGAUCAUCAGAGUAUCGUCCGUGUCCAAGCAAUGGCAUGACAUGUGCUUUGACGGGCAGUUAUGGACCAGUCUCGACUGCCAGACAUAUUAUCAGCAGAUAACGUCGGAUGCUCUGAUCAAGAUCAUGCUCAAGGCCGGCGCGUUCGUCAAGAAUCUCAACUUGAGAGGCUGUGUCCAGCUGCGGGACCAGUGGUUAAGUUUGGGUACGAGAAUGACAAACCAAGAAUGCCGGAACCUCGAGAGCUUCAGCAUUGAAGGAUGCAAGAUUGAACGGUCUUCGAUACAUUUCUUUCUGUUGAGAAAUCCGCGGCUCGUCCAUAUCAACAUGCCUAACAUGCAGAACAUUAACAACGCAACUAUGAAAAUCAUUGCCUGUCACUGCCCGCAACUGGAGAUGCUAAACAUCGACUGGUGCUCUCAGAUUGAUACCAAGGGUCUCAGGCAAGUGAUCCAGUCAUGUCCAAACUUGAGAGAUCUACGGGCGUCCGAGGUUAGAGGGCUGGACGACAACGACUUCAUGUUGGAACUUUUCCAGCGCAAUACUCUCGAAAGGCUUAUUCUGCAGCACUGCGAGAGUCUCACGGACGAGGCUCUACAGAUAAUGGUUCACGGACUGGAUCCCGAGCGAGACGUGCUGACCGAUCGACCCCUUGUGCCGCCGCGGAGGCUACGCCACCUAGAUAUCUCGAGAUGCAGGAGGCUUACCGACCGUGGUGUCAGAUCCCUUGCUCAUAAUGUUCCGUUCCUUGAAGGACUGCGCCUUUGUCAGAACGCCGCAUUGACAGACGACGCGCUAGAGGAUCUUCUGCAGUCGACACAUCGACUAACCCAUCUAGAAGUGGAAGAGGCGGAGCUCUUGACGAACGCAACGUUGAUCAAUCUAUCCAAAUCCAGAGCGGCAAGCACGCUGGAACAUCUGAGCAUCUCAUACUGCGAGCAGAUCGGCGACGUCGGUGUGCUCCCUUUACUUAAAGCGUGCCCAGAGAUCAAGUCUCUCUGCCUGGACAACACCAGGAUCUCGGAUCUCGUCCUGAUGGAAGCUUCGGAACAAGUCCGAAGACGAGGCAGUACUACCAAGAGGUCUCAGAUACCCAAGAAAGGUCUGGAACUGGUCGCCUUUGAUUGCGCAAACGUGACAUGGGCAGGCGUCCGGGAGAUUCUCCAGGGGAACGGCCGUGUGAUGCAAGGGCGGAAGAAAUCGGUUGUCCAGACCGUAGUGGAAGAGCUUGGCGACGAGAAGAAGUACAGGAAAGUGAUUGAGAUCCAGGAGCUGCUUUAUCCGAGCCAGAUCAUCCACCUCAAGGCCUUCUACGGCUGGCAGCAGACCGUGGAGGAGCACUACAAGAGAUGCGUGACUGGUCGCUGGAAUGCGGCCGCCCGUCUGGAAGAGAAGUGGGCGGAAUGGAUGGUGGCGAGCGAAGAGGUGGGUGUCAUUGGCCACGGCUGGAGCUCAAGACGCAGGCGCCGACGAGCUCGCGAAGCAGAAAACAGAGUGCGCGACGACGAGGACGGCACCGCCCAGGAUACUGGAACAGGCGACGAAGGAAGCGGUUUGGAUUAUGCAACAACGCGCCCACCACACGCUGGACGACGCCGUGCUCGUAGCGGCGGCUGUGUAGUGAUGUGA